AUGAGCGCCUGGAUGAACGACGCCGUCCCCAACCACAAUGGAAACGGCUUCCCUCAUAUGAACGACCCCAACUCUGCCGGAGCCCUGAUGGAUCACUCUGCCUUCAUGGCCAACCCGGGUCAGUUUAACCCGGGGCAAUUCCCCAACCAGCAACAGAUGGCUGGGAUGCAAAAUGGUCCCAUGCGACACGGCUCGCCGACGUACCAGAACCAGAACCAGACUGCGAACCCGAAUCAGAACCCGAGUCAGAACUCCGUCUACCAAACCAACCCAAUAAUUCCAUCAAAACGCCCUCGUCCCCGCGAAGAUAGCGUCACGGGCUCGCCAGGCCAUAACCCGGGCAUGCAACCGCCGUCGCGUUCCGAAACGCCGCAACAACAAAACUUUGGUGGCUUCCAGCCGGCCGGUGGUGCCAUGCCUCAACAAGCUCCCGGCCAAUUCCCCCAUCUACAGCCUAACGGCUCUGCCAAUGCCAGUCCAUCCCCCAUCAUGGGAAACCAAAUGCGACCGGGAAAUGUGCCUCAGCGAGUCGCUACCGCCUCACCACAUCCCUUUUCGCCUGGUCCACAGCAGCAGUUCGCUGGCUCACAAGCGUCUCCGAUCCCUUCUGAGCAUGGCACACCGCAACCAAAACAAUACAUGCAAAAUAUGCCUCCGGGAUAUAAUCCGGGAUACGCGCAAUCGCCUUCAAAUCCUCGCCCAUCUCCUAAUCCCAAUGUGAUGGCUGGCGGCCCUGCUGUCGGUGGCCAAAUGCUACCCCAGCAAAUGGGACAAAUAGCGCAGCACAUGGGUCAGAUGCCGCCAAACAUGUAUCAACAAAUGCAGCAGCAGAUGCAACACCAAGUCCCUCAACCAGGCCAGCAGCAACCGCCUGGCCAGCAGCAACCACAGCAGGGCCAGCCGAGACCGCAGGGUAUGAUUGAUCAACAGAAAAUGGUAGCGUAUCAGAUGCGUCUUCAACAACAAUUACAAGGAAAUAUGCAAAUGCAGGCCCAAAUGCAGACCCAGAAUAUGGGUCGCGGAAUGAUGCCAAAGCAACAAGUGCCUGGUAUGCCGAAUGGUCAAAUGCCCCAAGGCGCUAUGAGACAGCAACCCAGGCCCAUGGGAAACAUCAACCCGGAACAAUUCAUGAAGAAUCUUACGACCCUAAUGAACGCGAAAGGAUUACCUUUGGACCCGAACCCCGUUGUAGGUGAUCGACCAGUCAAUCUCGUCAUGUUGUUCCAGCUUGUUCAAUCCAAAGGAGGCUAUAAGCCCGUGACUACAGGCAACGGUUGGGGGCUCAUUGCCCAGAACCUGGGACUACCGGCGCAGAUCCCGACUGUACCACCCACUCUUAAGCAAGUGUACGAGCGAAACCUGGCAAAGUUUGAGGAGGCUUGGAUUGCACAGCAGAAGCAUCGGAUGAUGCAACAGAAUACAAAUAUGGCUGGGCCAGGAACACCGCAAAAGCAGAUGCAGCCAGGACAACAGAUGAACCAAGGGCAGAUGCCACAGGUACAACAACAACAGCAGCAGCCUCCUCACUUGCAACAACAGACUCCGAUGAAGCCUGGUCAGACUUCAGUUAAUGGGUUUUCGACUCCUCAACCGUCCCAACAACAACUACCUUCCCAGCAGCCACAAUUACCGCCGCAUGUGCAGCAGCAGCAGCAGCAGCAACAGCAACAACCUCCUCUCCAGCAGCAGCCACCGCCGCUGCAACAACCACCGCAACACCCACCAAACUCCAAUGCCGCACCGGGACACAGGAAUAGUAUGUCCCGAGGCGUGGAUGCCUCUACGCCCAACGACUUCUCCAUGCAAUCGCCUUCGCAUGCUCGACCUGGUAGUGUCUCUGUCGAUGGCCGACAAGCAACGCCGCUGCCUGCUGUUGGUGCUGAGCAACAUAUGCCUCGCAUGCCUCCAAAGCCUGACGAUUACAGCCCAUGUGCAAGGGAACUUUCGACGCAUGGUGGGGUUGACCUUCAUGCUGCCAAUCUUCUCGGUGCCGAGUUGGAACGAUGGGAGCCGACUGUUCCUUCUGUAAACGAGCUGGGAAACAUUGACAUAUCCGCCCUUACCCGUAGUCUGCAAUGCGGUAUUCACGGUGAAGUGCGCCUAGCUCUCGACACACUUGCUACGAUCUCAUCGUCACCAAACCAAGCUCACUUUCUACAUCUCAGAGCUUGUGAUGACCUGGUUGAGGCUUUGGUAGAUUGUGCGGAAUCUCAAGUAGACCUGCUUGUUGAACAUACGACGGAGGUUGCUGAUGAGAUUCAACUUACUUCUUAUGAGGACGUUGUUAGAGCAUGCCGAAUAGAGCGAUGGGCUGUGAGAGAUGUACCUGCUUUUGGCACCAUCGAGUACCAACUUGAUCGAGCCGUGGAGCGACUUAUUUGCAUAACAACAAUUUUGCGAAAUGUAUCAUUUCCUGGCGAAAAUAACGACAACCACAACAUGCUUUGCGAAGAAUCUGUCAUCAAGAUGCUUUGCUCUAUUAUUCGGUAUCUCGGAACGCGGACAAUGCUUCUUCGGACACACGCCAAUACCCUUGAUUUUAUGAAAGACAUUGUGGUUCUUCUCUCCAACAUCUCAAGCCAAUUGGAGAUUCCUGGUCGAGAGCAGGCUUUGAGCCUGUUGCAGUUUCUACUCGCGUUUGCUCCUGUUCCAGGUCCAACAAUGGCCAGCGACACGCUUAACUUCACGCCUUAUGACCCCAGUAUUCAUUCGUAUCUCCCACAUGCGGUUGAUGCCCUGGCCAAGUUGCUUGCUCGUGACGAACCAAAUAGAGGCUUUUACAAGGCGCUUUUUACGGUUGAUUCUUCAUCACCGCUAGCUAACGAGCUUCUCGUCCGGACUUUUGCCUUGGCUAUAGCCCCCUUACCAGACAGGGCAAAAGAGCACUUACGACCACCCACAUUCCCGCCGCUAUUCGAAACAAGAAAACCGUUUCUAAUGCAGGGCCUUUUGGGUGCAGAAAUCAUAGCUUCUCUUCUGCCAGGAUCCGAACCGGGAACGGCUCGAGCCCUUCUUGCGUCAGGCAACUGCCUUGCACAGAACCUUGUUCAGCUGAUUCAGGAUCUCUGCUUCUUGUACGAAAAGCCACCGCCUCCUGUUCGUGGCGGUAGCCGGGCAGUAGCGGCUAGAAAAGACCCCGAGCUUGUUUAUAUUGUCAUUGUUGCCGUCUCACUUCUGCGUCGUCUUGCCGAAAAGGCAAGAGAUUCUUCAGGUACCGAAUCUGCAGGUAUCGGGGAUCUACUGCCGCAACCGCAGAUGUUGAUGGAUGCCCUGAUGAUGCAAUCUCCCGAAUGGACGAAAGAGGGGUUACUGCUACAGUUAACGGCAGUGCUUAAUUUGGAUGGAUGA